AUGACAUCUUUCUUUGCAAAAUUAGAGGCGAGGGUAAACGACGUCGACUCAUUAUUAUGUGUUGGUCUUGAUCCACAUAGCAAAGAUAUUGGCAGUGAUGACGUGAAAACCCCUGAAGAUAAAUGCGCAGCUGCGUUUACCUUUUGUAAAACGAUCAUUGAUGCCACGUUGCCAUAUGCAGCAUGCUACAAGCCAAACGCUGCAUUUUUCGAGGCUCUUGGUUCACAAGGAGAAACAACUUUGGAGAGGGUACUCAAGGAAAUACCUUCCAACGUGCCUAUCUUGCUUGAUGUGAAAAGAGGAGAUAUUGGAAGCACUGCCACUGCAUAUGCUGAAGCAUGUUACGAACAUCUUAAAGCCGACGCCGUCACGCUUUCUCCUCUCAUGGGGUGGGACUCGGUCGCACCUUUUGUAACAGAGUCUUAUGCGCACAAAGGUGCAUUCCUCUUGUGCAAAACAUCCAAUCCUGGCUCCAACGAUAUCCUUGCUUUGAAUUUGGCCAAUGGCGAAAAACUGUACGAGAGAAUAGCAAAGCUUGCUCAUGACUGGUCAACCUCCAGCGGGGCUUCGUUGGGUCUCGUUGUUGGCGCAACGGAUUCUGUCGCACUUGCCAAUGCUCGCAAAGCUGCUGGCGAAAAGGCAUGGAUUCUGGCUCCUGGAGUUGGGGCACAAGGUGGAGAUCUAGAAGCUGCCUUGAGGGCGGGUAUGAAUUCUAAUGGAACUGCAAUGCUUAUCCCUGUGUCAAGGGGUAUCAGCAGAGCCGAGGAUCGCGCUGCUGCAGCCAAGGAACUGAUGGUUAAGAUUAAUGAGACAAGAAAAAAACUCAAGAGCGAGGAAGGUUCGAGCUCCGGUGAUGCCAUCCAGCCUUACCAGAAAGAAUUUCUGGAGUUCAGUCUUUCCCAAGGUGUCUUGAAAUUCGGAUCCUUUGUUUUGAAAAGUGGACGAACAUCUCCAUACUUCUUCAAUGCUGGUCUGUUCGCCUCAGGUGCAGCCUUGGACAAACUUGGCCGUUCCUAUGCAUCUGCAAUCAUGGCAGCCCCACAACUAGUUGAUGGAAAAGGGGGGGUCGCUUUCGAUGUGCUGUUCGGACCUGCGUACAAGGGGAUUUCGCUUGGUGCUGUAACCGCUGCAGCCUUGUAUCGCGACUACGGUAUAGAUGUCGGCUACGCAUACAAUCGCAAGGAAGCCAAGGAUCACGGAGAAGGAGGACAACUGGUUGGUGCGGGCAUGACGGGCAAGCGCGUUCUUGUAAUUGAUGAUGUUAUCACAGCAGGAACUGCAAUCCGUGAAUCGCACGAAAUGUUGACAACAAUUGGUGCAAAGAUGGUUGGUGUAGUUAUCGCCUUGGACCGUGCGGAGAAACGAUCACUGGAGGACCCUGUAUCUGCAGUUCAAGCUGUCGAAAGAGAUCUCUCGGUAUCUGUGACUUCCAUUGUCAACUUACAGCAACUACAGCUUUUCCUAGAAAAGAGUCCAGACUAUGGCAAUGACGUGCUUGCCACAGUUAAGGAAUACAGAUCAAAGUUUGGUGUAUAG